CCCUACUUCUUCCUACCCGUCCGCGCCGGAACUUAACCGAGCAUUUGUGAGCUGCUCAGAUUCCAAAUGAAAAUGUUUGAGAGCAUUGACUCUACAGCCACAAGAUCUGGCCCUGAUCUUUGGGCUGAAAUCUGUUCCUGUCUGCCAAAUCCUGACCAAGAAGAUGGUGCCAGCAAUGCUUUCUCAGACUCCUUUAUGGAUUCUUACCCUGUGGGCACAGGCCAAAGGGAGGCCCCAGAGUUUGCUGUUCAGCCGGCUGCAAAGCCUUGGGCUCCCUUGCAGGAUUCAGAAGUGUAUUUAGCAACUCUAGAGAAGAAGCUGAAAAGAAUCAAAGGUUUAAAUCAGGAAGUGACUUCCAAGGACAUGCUUCGAACUUUGGCCCAAGCCAAGAAGGAAUGCUGGGAUCGGUUCCUGCAGGAGAAGUUAGCAUCAGAAUUUUUUGUGGAUGGACUUGAUUCUGAUGAGAGCACCUUGGAGCAUUUCAAGAGGUGGCUCCAGCCAGAUAAAGUAGCCAUCAGUACAGAGGAGGUCCAGUAUCUGAUUCCUCCAGAGUCCCAGGUUGAGAAGCCAGCGGCUGGGGACAAGCCAGCAGCAGCGGAACAAUAAAUUACAUACACACACACAGAGCAGCUGUCUUGGGUCCAGAGGGAACAGCAGAGAGCUCGGUGGAGCAGCAAGGAGAAAUCUAGGGAGGGGGAAAGCCCACCCUCCCACUCAACAAAGCAAACAGCUGUGGGCCCCCGAGGACUUGCUUGGGGCUGGCGUGUGUGACUGUCGGAUAAAGUGACCGCCCCCGUGCAUGCUGGAUCAACAUACUGCUUUCCUCUGGGUCUCACAGCUUGCCUGAGCUCUGUCGAUGCAGGUGAGAAGUCCGCUAAUACUCUAGCGAAGCAGCAAGUAUGAAAGUAUUUGGAGAAACUGAUACCCUUGGGUUUAACAUAUAAGCUAAGUAAGCCAUAUUUUUUCUUUCCUCUUCUGGAUGUUCCUGCCUGCGUUCCCAGCAUUCCCUUGGUUAAUUGUCAGGGGUGAGUGGGGCCAAGGAGAAUCAAGUCUGCCUCCUUGGGAACCACAGCCCACCGUGGGGCUUCUCGAAGUUUGUAAUAAAUACAGAGACUUGAGGAAAA